AAAAUGACAGUGUUGAAUUCAGCAGAACAUUGUCUGAAAACUGGAAAAGAGGGGAAGGGGAGAAUACAAACAUGAACAUUUAAAACUUGCACGACUCAACAAUCCUUCUUCCACUCCCUUUCCCUCAAAUUCGAAACAAUAACCAAAACCCUCUUCAAACCUUAACAACACCUCAAGCCCCCAAAAAAAACGUUUUUUUUUUCACCAUUGAUGGCACUGCGACACUCUUCUUCAACCUUUUCAACCACGCUAACACUCUCUUCACCGAGAACCAAACCCCCAAAACCUUUUCCGCUUUUCUCCUUCACAAAGUUCCCAUUAUUAACCGCACCAAACUCCAUUUCCAUCACACGGAGAACCAGAACAACCCUCUCUCUAACAGUUCCACGUGUUGCUGCGCCACCAACAAAGGUUGAAACCGAAGAAAGCAACGAAAUUGAUGAAGGUGCCGAUGAAGAGAGCUCGUCCACGAAGUUCACAUGGAAGGAUCACUGGUACCCAGUUUCGCUGGUGGAGGAUCUGAACCCUCGGUACCCAACACCGUUUCAGCUUCUGGGUCGUGAGAUCGUGGUUUGGUUCGAUAAUUCUAAGUCCCAGUGGGUUGCUUUUGACGAUAAGUGCCCCCAUCGUCUCGCUCCUUUAUCUGAAGGAAGGAUUGAUGAAGGAGGAAACUUGCAAUGUUCCUAUCAUGGUUGGUCUUUUGAUGGAUGUGGAUCAUGUGUUAGGAUCCCUCAGGCUUCCUCCGAAGGACCGGAAGCGCGAGCUUUGAAAUCUCCUAAAGCGUGUGUCACAAGGUUCCCUACAAUGGUGUCUCAGGGUUUGCUCUUUGUUUGGCCUGAUGAGAAUGGUUGGGAGGAAGCUAAUGCUUCCAAUCUUCCAAUGUUGCCGGAUGACUUUGAGAAGCCGGAGUUUGCCACAGUGAACAUUCAGCGUGAUCUGUUCUAUGGCUAUGAUACUCUAAUGGAGAAUGUCUCCGAUCCUUCUCACAUUGAUUUUGCUCACCACAAGGUUACAGGCCGGAGAGACAGAGCCAAGCCUCUGCCAUUCAAGAUGGAUUCUAGCGGCCCAUGGGGCUUUGCCGGAGCUAAUGAAGGGAACCCAAGAAUCAGUUCCAAGUUUGUUGCACCAUGUUAUUAUAUGAACAAAAUUGAGAUUGAUACCAAACUUCCAGUAGUUGGGGACCAGAAAUGGGUAAUAUGGAUAUGUUCCUUCAAUGUCCCAAUGGCACCCGGUAAGACUCGCUCCAUUGUUUGCAGCGCUCGAAACUUCUUCCAGUUCACAGUGCCAGGGCCUAACUGGUGGCAGGUGGUUCCUAGAUGGUACGAACACUGGACAUCAAACAAGGUAUAUGAUGGAGAUAUGAUUGUCCUUCAAGGCCAGGAGAAAAUCUUCCUUUCAGAAACCAAAGACGGUGGUGACAUCAACAAACAGUACACAAACAUCACCUUCACACCAACCCAGGCAGAUCGCUUUGUCCUAGCAUUCCGAAACUGGCUGCGGCGACACGGAAACGGCCAACCAGAAUGGUUCGGGACAAGCAGCCAACAGCCAUUACCAUCAACCAUCCUAUCGAAACGUGAGAUGUUGGAUAGAUUUGAACAGCACACACUGAAAUGCUCUGCAUGUAAAGGAGCUUAUGAGGGAUUCAAAACAUGGCAGAAGGUCCUAAUUGGUGCAACGGUUUUGUUCUGCGCAUCAAGUGGAAUCCCAUCAGAGACUCAUUUGAGAGUAAUCUUGGCUGCGCUUGCAGUUCUCAGUGCAGGAUUAACCUAUGCCAUAACCGAACUCCAAAAGAACUUUGUAUUCGUAGAUUAUAUUCAUGCCGAUAUAGAUUAACCAAAUUACCACAUAACUGUAAAUAUAUUACAUCAAUGUACCUAUCAUCGUGUAUCAUUUGGAUUCAUUAGGUUAAAUUUGAACUCUAUUACGUA